GCCCGGCGGGCCGGGGAAAGACUGACAUGAGCCCGGCCGGACGCUGGGCCCUCCUGCUCGUCUCUCUACUGCAGUCCGCCGGAGGGAGGCCCCAUCUGGCCCCUCCCCAGAACGUGACACUGAUGUCCCGGAACUUCAGUGUGUACCUGACAUGGCUCCCAGGGCCUGGCAACCCGCAGGACGUGACCUAUCUCGUGGCUUAUCAAAGCUCCGCAACAACCCCCAGACGGUGGCGGAAAGUGGGAAAGUGUGCAGGAACCAAAGAGCUGACAUGCUCUCUGAUGUGCCUGGAGAAGCAGGACCUAUUCAACAAGUUCAAGGGGCGUGUGCGGGCGGUUUCCCCCAGCGCCAGGUCCACCUGGGUGGAGUCCGAGUACCUGGAGUACCUUUUUGAAGUGGAGCCGGCCCCGCCUGUCCUGGUAGUCACUCUGACAGAGGAGAUCCUGAAGGUCACCGCCACGUACCAGCUGCCCCACUGCAUGCCCUCAUCGAAUCUGAAGUACGAGGUGGAUUUCUGGAAGGAGGCCACUGGGAACAAGACCCGACUUCCAGCCACCCUCCACGGCCAGGAAGUCCAGAUCCCCCUCCAGCCAGGUACCAGUGGGAACCACUGCGUUAGCGCCAGAACGAUCUACACCUUGGGCGAUCCUAAAUACAGCGAGUUCUCCAAGCCCACCUGCUUCUCCCUGGAGACCCCAGGAGUCAGCUGGGCGUCCCUGGUGCUGCUGCCACUGCUGUUGGCUCUCCUUGUGGCAUGUGUGAUCUGGAAGAGCUGGGUGAUCUGGAAGAGCUACGCGGGGAACCCCUGGUUUCAGCGGGCAGAGAUGCCACAGGCUCUGGGGCUGUUUCCAGGGGACCCAGUUAGAACAGUCAGGCUUCAGGAAAGCCUGCACUUCUGUUCUUGUCUCCUCUGCCCACAUCAGGACUUUUCUGGACACAGACACCCCGUGGCAACCUUUCAGCCCUGUGGCCCCGAGCCCCUGGAUGGCUUGACCCUCUGUCCCCAAAAGGAACUGACCAGAAGGAUCAAACUGACCUCCAGGGCCAGGGCCCCAGCCACCGUCCAGGCAGGAUCAGAGAAGGACGGUGCUAAGGAAGAGGACAGCGAGGAGGACACAGACGACAAUGUCAGCUUCCAGCCCUAUGUUGCACUCCCUCCUUUCCUGGAGCAGGAGCACCAGACCCCGGAGCAACCCGAGGAAGGGGUCCAGGUCAAAGGCUGUCCUUCUUCGGAUUCUUCAGACAGAAGCUGGGCCAGCACCGUCGGCUCCUCCCUCUCAGAUGGGGCUGGAUCCUCCGGCUACUUAGUCAAGAAGGGUCUGGACCGAGGGCUGGGUGAGGACAGGUCUGACCCUCUCCCACUCCCCAAAUUCUCCAAGGACUUGGGUUCCCUGAAAGAGCUCCAGAGAGAUGACCCCUCCUCCUGGGCUGACUGGGGCUCCUCAUCACCAAGACUGAAACUGGUCCCCGGGGAGCCUCUAGUUUCUUUUCAGACACUGACCUUUGGCUGGGACAGCAGCACCGAGGACAGGGAGGAGGAGGAGGAGGAAGAGGGUGGGAGCGAAUCAGAACUUGAGGACACCAGUGCUGGCAGCUGGGGGACUGACAGCCUUCAAAGGAGUAGGACACUGGGGCAUUACCUGGCCAGGUGA